AUAAAGAAACGCACCCCCAUGAAUUAUGAAGGGGAGCAAUCGGCUACGCUUCAGUACUCAGCAGUACCCUACCAUGGCGCCCGGCGCCUCGGUGGCCGUCCGCCGACUCCGCUUCUGGUGGUGGAGGCGAGGUAGCCGAGCUCGCGCGAUCGUCAAGCUGGGCUUCACCGCCCUCCUGCUCACCAUCUGCGCCAUCCUCAACUCCCGGUCCCGCGAGAGUGCCCUCGCCGCCGCACCUCAACCGCCCGCCGCCUCCACCGACCCCGCCCUCGUCCAUCUCACCCUCGUGCGUGACGCCAAGAAAAAAGGCGCCGUGUGUUUAGAUGGAAGUCCUCCUGGGUAUCACAUGCAGACGGGUUUCGGGUCCGGCAAGGACAGUUGGCUUAUAUUCUUAGAGGGUGGAGGUUGGUGCAAUUCUGUGGCAUCAUGCACUUCCCGCAAAAUGACUGCAUUGGGUUCUUCACAUUACAUGGAACGCCAAGUUCCUUUUGUUGGCAUUUUAAGCGACAUUCAAUCUCAAAAUCCUGAUUUCUAUAACUGGAACAAAGUCAGGGUACGAUAUUGUGAUGGUGCAUCUUAUUCUGGAAAUGUGAAAAGUGACAUUCAGAAUGGAACAAAGCUAUUCUUUAGAGGGCAGCAUAUUUGGGAAGCAAUUAUGGAUGAACUCUUAAUGAAAGGACUUGCAAAUGCUAAACAGGCCUUUCUUACAGGGUGCUCUGCUGGUGGUCUAGCUACUUUCAUACAUUGUGAAGAUUUUCGCAGACUUCUGCCUAAGGAGGUCACUGCUAAAUGUCUUGCAGAUGCUGGCUUUUUUCUUGAUGAGAUGGAUAUUUCUAAGAGAAGGUUCAUCCGAUCUUUCUAUGAUGAUGUUGUCCGCCUUCAGGAUGUAGGAAAGAAAUUUCAGGAUUGCCUUCCAAGGAUGGAACCAUCUCAGUGUUUCUUUGCACGUGAGAUUAUUAAGAACAUAAACACCCCACUCUUUAUUCUCAACCCAGCUUAUGAUGUUUGGCAGAUACAACACAUUUUGGCACCAGAAUCAUCUGAUGAUCAACAAUCAUGGCUAAGAUGCAAGCUGAACAUUCGCAAUUGUGAUUCCGACCAGAUUGAAUCCCUCCAAGGAUUCAGGGCUGCCCUGCUUGAUGCUUUGAGUGAUUUUCAACACAACAAGAAUGGGGGCAUGCUUAUAAAUUCUUGCUUUAUACACUGUCAGACAAUGAAUGGUAUCACAUGGCACUCUCCAAAUUCCCCCAAAAUUAACAAUAAGACGAUGAGUUGUUCUUCCUUCUCCUUGCAAUAAAUUUGACAAUGGCCAAAGGGGACACUGUGGAGGAAGAAGCAACCGUGGCCAAACGCAAGAAAUUAGUCUUUAUUUCCCGUGGUCCCGACAAAGGAUGACUUUUUGGUGGAAGUCUGCAGGUGCACUACAACUAUUCUAUGGUCUUUUGAAAAUUACCUUAAAGUUCCUAUAAUCCACAAGCGGUGAUACGUCUGUCCCAAAAAAAAAAUGGAUGCAUUAUUAGGCGUGCAGGAGGAUGAAGAGAGCAAAGAGAGAAGAGGAUUAGUCCCCCAUGUAAAAUAUAAAAGGGCCUGAGUGGUGUUGGAGGGAGAAGGGAAUUUUGAAUUGCUUAGGAUGAUUGCUAUACUUGGAAGAUUAUGAUGGCUUAAGAUGGGGACAAAAUCAUCAAGGUAUGGGAAAAUGGGUUGGCCAUGAGUGUUGCAAUGAUUUCAUCUAAAGGUUCUGUGGGUAUCUGUGUUUUGCCUGCUAAAGUGGAUAGGCAACUCUUAUCUCUAUACUGAUGAAAACCAUGCAUUCCCCAUGCCCUGUUCCCCUCCCAUCUAUCAACAAUUUUUGAUCAUUUUGGGUAUAUUUAUCUCCUCAUCUGACAACAAUCUCAUCUCAAUUCAUUUGCAGCAUGCAACACAAAACAUUAGAAUUUGCUAUAUAGUCCUUUUUUUCCCUUGUUCACUCCUUCAGGGACCUUGCUGCCCUUACCACUUACUC